CAAACAAGUAUGAUUACUUUCAAAUAAAGAAUUGUAAUGCAAACAAUCACCUACACAGCAGCGCCGGUGCUAUACUAAUAGACCAAAUAAAAGGUUCGAUUGCGUCGGCGUAGCAAAUGUCAAAACCGCCGAGAAAUUCACGGGCACAUGCGCAGUGGAAGUGCGAUCAAUGCACCCCUGUGGUGCGCGCGCCCCCGGCCUCGGCAUUCUACGCAGUACAUCACAAAAACACCGUCUGGAAAACCUGGGUGCACUCAUCCGCGAUCGACAAAAAAUUCAUUAUAAAACUCUUAAGCCAUUCAAUCUGACUACGCGGCUCAUCGCAUCUCGUUAAGGACACCCACACGCUAUACCCCCGCGGGGUCUGAGUGUUGCAUCUCGGCAGUUUGAUCGCGUGACUCAUCGGAUUCUCCCGAAUUUUGCGAAUUCGUUGUUAUCGCGUUUUGUGGUUGUGCUGGUGGUAUCAGUGCGUGCUUGGACUGCUCGGAUGCAGGUGGGCCGGCGGGCUGGUGAGGGGCCGCGGCGCCUGGCGGAGCAGUGAAGUCAAGCCGCAGGAUGGACGACUGUACAGACAUCUUCUAUGACGACGAUACUGACGCGCAGUGCGAUAUGGGUCACUCAGAGUCCAAGGGUGCAAAGAAGCGCGACAAGAGCGUAGGCAACGGCAACGGGAAGCCCAGCCGUGGGGUGGCUACGUCGUUCGGGUUUCGAAGGCGGCCUGCUAGCACAUCUCGCGCCGACGACAACGCUAGGCGCAAGAAGGCGCAGGACAAGAAUGGAAAUGGAGCAGGUUCUACGGAGGACCUACGAGCCGAGGAGGUGUUGUCCGGACGCUCGACACCCCUCGCGCGACCCCGCAAGGAGGCCGUCGGCCAGCCACUACGGAGCAACAGGUUCGGUUUGAGGCAGCAGCCGUGCAGGACGGCGCGCGUCGGCGACGUGGGCCCGACCGCCGAGCCGGCCUUCGCGACGCACAAGGAGUCCAUCAACAACAAUGCACUUGAUAAGAAAAGUACAAAUUACCCACCCCUAUCGCAAGUGACUACGAGCGCGGUGACCACCAUAGUAGGCGCCGGCGGGCAGCCCAAGACCGUCACCAAACAAACCGUCAUCCUCACCUAUCAGACGCAGCAGUAUCCUGUACAGGAAGGUCGUAUCAAACAGACGCGGUUCGAAUGUCCACGAGCGCCUUCCGCCACGCGCUCCCAGACCCCAUGUGAAAAGCCACCAGGAAAAUACACCCUUCAGACCAAUCAGCUGCCGCGCCCGCAGUACCCUGCUGUCAAGCACAUCGACAAUACGAAAAAUGCUAAACAAGUCGUGAAUAAUAAUAGAAAAGCCGGUGCUUCCGUGGAAGGAUGGAGGGAAGGUGCUAGCUCGGCCGUGUCGUCGGACUCGGGCGUGUACACCGGCGAGGCGGAAGGCUCGCCGCGCACCCGGCGCCGCCCGCGCAACCUGGAGAUGGUGAUGCGAGGCGCGCACAGCUUCCACCUGCGCGAGCUGCAGGACGACCUCGACAUCAUGGAUGACGCAGUAAUAACCGGCCACACUGUCAUCCCCCUUCCCAAACUUCCCAGCUCCUUCGACGAAGAUUUGUCCCCCAUCUACCAAGCCCCGUCCCCUCCCCCCUACAGCGUACCCUCCCCCGUGGUCCCCAAGCCCUCGCCCGUGGCAGACAGCUCGCGCCAGUCCCCCAUGUCCACCCUGGAACGGUAUCGGACCAGGACCAGGCCAAGCAGGAUACAAACAGUGGAUUAUAAGAAUGAAGAGAAGUUUGUGUUGGAUAAAGCUCAGCCUGAAAAAUUGAAUAAGCAGAACUCAUUCAUCAAAUCGUCAAGCGGCGUGGUGUCUCCGACGACCGUGUCGAGCAAGGAAUCGAGCCCGUCAUGCAAGAGUGAGGAGAGCCACUUCGGUAACAGCAGUGUUUGGCAGAGCCAUGCCGCCGGCGAAGCUAUGGCCACCAGAUCUCAAGACGACGUGUCCAUCGCGCUGAGCGUGUCGAGCUGCGAGGAUGACAAGUCGAAGCUCGGCGAUCUCCCGAAGGUCGACGAUCCACCAAAGAAAACCAUCGUGAUCGACGACCCGCCCGUGCCGCAUCCGUUGCUCAUGAAGUCGCUGACGCUGAGCCAGCACGACUCGCUGCGCGGGACCAUGAUGGGUUCAAUGACAAGCUCCAACUACAGCACAACAAGCACUUGCACAAACCAAAGCGUGGAUCACCAUCUAACGCUCACCUUAGAAGAGUCCAAAUUCGACAUAUCAGCCCUAGAGAUUUCCACCCAAAGCCUAUUGGACGACGAGACAUCCCCAGCGGACAGCCUCAUCUCUUCCACCAGUACUAGUGACUCGGUGAACGAGCUGGUGGUUGAGAGAGACCCGCCAUCUAUUUCGUCGGCGUAUCAGACGGCCAAUACUAAGACCAAGUCGCCGGAGCCGGCUGAUGAGGAUGGAGUGGAUGGGGAGCUGUUACAGACUGCUAAUGAAGUAGUCGAGGAGACUAGGAACGGCGAGGACAGCAAAAACGUGUCGCCAGAAUCACCAGGCACGCCCACACACGCCUCGGGGUCCCUGUCGCUCUCCGACGGCCGGGAUUUCUUCGACGAUGAGAUCGCUGACCAGCCAGCCCUGCUGUUCAGGAAAAACAACGAGGGGAGUCCGCCAAGCAAGCAGGAAUCGGAGAACAGUAAGCAACUGAGGAGGUCCAGGGAACGUAUUCCCGCAAGUCCGUUAGCUCAAAGAAAUCGUAAAGUGAACGGGCUGAGGAAUGGCGGCGCAGAACGGACACCUUCUCUGGACACGUUAUCCAGCCUAGCGUCUGACGACCUGAUGAUGGACAAUGACCUCGCGCGAUCCGUCACCAGCCUGCAGAGCGUCGACGAUUACAUCGAAAGGCUAGACAGUUCUCUACGCAGCGGCCUCAACUCCCUGGACGAGCGUCAGCUCCGCCAGGAGCUCUCCUCGUCUAAGACCGCCGUGCGCCAGUGGAGUCAGCUACUCGAGCAGAACAACUUCUUGGACCGGCAGCUGGCCGCCAUGGCGCAGGGCAAGAGCACCACGGAGUCGCUCACGGCCAGCAACACCAGCCUGUCCAACAUCGGGGCCAGCCUGCCAGUGCGCACGGCGCGGCUGCUGCAGCGCUCGCGCGCGCAGACGCCGUCAGACGCCGCCAGCGAAGGCACCGCUUCGCCCGCGCCCGCGCCGGCGACUCUGCUCCAGGACGUCGUGGACAUCAAGACGUUACUGCUGCAGCUUAAACGCGUCUUGCAGGAGCCGGGGGACGAGCAUCAUUCGAUGAGUAGCGAAACUCUCGACCCGUUGCUGGCCGCGUGCGCGGAGAGCCCCGCGCGCGUCAACGGGCGCCGGCCCCCCGCCUCGCCGCUGCACCCGGACGCCUGCGCCGAGAUGCGACGGCAGAUCCUCUACCUGCAGAGUCAACUGGAAGAGCGCGACCGGCUGGUGCGCGUGCUGCAGACGCAGAUGCUGCGCAUGUCUGAGGGACACGAGCCGCGCGCCGACGACACCUGCAACGUGGCCACCCAGACUGAUCGGUUGCGGCCGCCGAUGAGCUCGGCGCUAACGAGUUCUGAAAAUUCCGGUUUAGUGAGUUGGAAUGAACAAGCUAGCGGGAGGAAGCUGCCGGUGUACAGUGAAGCACAAAAGACUAAGAGGCCUGUAGUCAACGGGACCGUGAAGUGCCAGUGUGGUGCGCGGAAGGACGAGGAUCGGCGGACGGACGCGGUCCAGCUCAAGACCAACAGCCGGGUCGGCUCCAAGUACCUCCAGGCCUUGGCCAACAGCGACUCUAACCGGUACGUCAAGCGGGAUUCCUCCGUAGGGGAGAAGACGGUACGCAAGAGCCUAUACUCGACCAGAUCUCGUUCCAUUGAGAACUUCCACAACCAAGCGUAUUCCUGUGCGGAACCGCUGCUCGCUAAAAACGCAGUGAUCGAAGAGAACAUGAUCAAACACCACACAUCGUAUGGAGACCUGUAUAAUGGUCGCAUCAGCAGCAAGGAGAGUGUAAAUGGCAACAGACACAGUCCUAGUUUAAACGGACAGUCCACCGACACGGACUACAGCUCUGACGGCGGGUACAAGUCCCUGCCGUCGUCCAUCAACUGUAAUGGUUAUUCGCCGAAGAAGAUCAGUGGUAUCCCCCGGAGGUCUAUCGAGCAGAGGUUUCUUUCCGCCAAGACUGUCAAAGCGAGCGCUGUUUGAACCGCGUCCGUUCGUCUUGAGAGCCAGUUUCGGAUACAAAUGUCAUCAAAUUUAAUGUUUGUACAGUCAGCUGCAGAGAAAAGGCACCCCCCCCCCUUCCUGCAUACAAAGUUCUGUAAAUUAGUAUGGACGUGGGGUACCUUUUUUCUGCAGCUAACCGUACAUGAAAGUGUAUUUUGAUUAUAUUUUACAUUUCUCAUUUCGAUGUCGGAUCCACGGAUAGUAUUGAAUCGCAUCUGUAAUUAACGGGCCUUCUGUGUUCCUAUAUUUGUGCAAUAAGCUGGUGCAUCUCGUUAAAAAUUUGUAGAUUUAUUUUGACAGCACCAAAAUGUACAUUACAGGCCCAUGAACUUGCCAACAGUGCUUUUAGCACGUAUCUAUACCAUUUUACAUAUGUUCCCCAUACUACAUGAUACUUAAAUACAUCCUGAAUCGUAUACUUAUAAUAUUUAGGUACAAAUUCGUGGCUGGCUAUGUGUGUGGAGGAAUUGUGCCAUCAGUCCGUCUCACGGAUGUUGGGGCAACGCUUGUUCGCAUUUAUUGAUUCCACUCGCGAGGCUAAUAAUAAGCUACUAUAUGAACGCGUACUUUAGUUGUUGGAUGCCAAAUUAUAACGGUGUAAUCAUUUCGAUAAAAUUAUGUAUCUCGAUGUAUUCGAACUAAUAACUGUAUUGACCUGAGAUGUAAACAGUCCAUGUUUCGUUUCGUAAUUUUCAAUUGCAUAGAGCAUAUUUUUUUUACUAUCCUAAUUUUAAGGCUAAAAUUUGACUUCUGUAUCAUACAGUUAGCAAAAACAACAGGAACUAAUUUUGUAGGUUUAAUUUACAAAUUUGUAUACAGGCGAUAAAGUGGUUAUCUUAGAUUUUCUAUGGUAGACAAACUAGUAGAUAUAAAGCUGUAAUAUGUGAUAAGAGUGGCUGUAAGAACUUGAUUUGUUUCCACGUUAUAUCUUCCUGUUAACCAUUGUACAGUCCGACAAGAAAUUGUAGAAAUUAAAAAGUGGCAAUACUGUAGUGUCGUCGCGUUUUUCUUACAUUGAUUUGAAAGGGACAACACUACAGUAUUGCCACCUUUUUAAUUUCUACAAUUUCUUGUCGGACUAUAACUAUUAUUGAAAGGUUUAUAAUUUAUUUGCACCUCAGUUAUUUAGUAGCGUCCGUAGGUAUCAUAUAUAGGUACAAACAUGUCCUCUAUAGGUCCCAAUAUUAUGAAGCUACAAAUUAUUAUUUUGAAGAUAAUCUCUAGUAACUCGGAUGACAGAUCUCAUUCAUUUGCCUAUAUACACCAAUGUUGGCAGUUUUUAUCUGUACAGUAAUUUGUAUCUUUAUAACAAUGAGACUAGGCAUUUGUGUUAUCCGGAAGUCAUUUUAAAGCAUUUUGUAUGAUCAGUGUUAACGUAAUUUAUUGUAACUAGCCAUACAUAGUCAAGUUGUAUUAAUCUUCCACGAAGCCUAAUUAUAAAUAUCCUAUAUUGAUACCUAGUAUAUAGGUAAUUAAAGUGUAAUACUUACAACAUCUUCGCGUUACUCAACGUACUUAUGGCUACUUAUCUUAUUUGUUCUCAGUGCUUUCCUACGUUAGUUACGUGAGUCUUAAGCCCACUAGCUUUAGUAAAACAAAAUAUUAUUUUGAAAUUGUUUCAAUAAAUAGUUUUAAUUUUG